GGUUAAAAAAUUGUCUUUAAUUUUAAUCGCAUUAUAGAGCUGAUUAGAUCCUGGUCAGUCAGCUCUGUUUGUUUCCUCUGGCUUUGUGCUGCGCAUGAGAUGUUUUCAGUGAGCUCGCCCCUCCCUUUGGCAGGCUGCUGUUACCCACAAUCACAUUUUAACGUGUCCGGUGUGUGUCUGAGUGUUCUCCGUCUGCACCGCAGAGGCAGACAGCUGAUGAUGAGCCUCUGGGGGAUAUUUAAAGCUCUGGGAAAGCGGAAGACUGGCCUGCUCUGUGUUAUCAGCUGAGAGCUGCUGCUAGCUAGCACAGCGCUCUGUUAGCAUAUUAGCUAGCGAGUGGAGCCGCAUUUUGACUAGUUAAUUCACACGUACAGCUGAAAAUGAAGCCAAGGGGAAACAGGAGGUUGUUGUGGCGGUAACGCCUGCCGAUGUGACACAUCUUUAAGGAGACGACACGGGAAACUAACUGUUCCCAACCUGUGGACAGCAGAGUUUGUGCUUCCCACUCCCCACAUCAAUCUUCACCUCUGACCCUCUACCCCCUCACCUCCACCUCUACGGCCAGUGCCUGGCCUCUGUAACCAUGACGACAGGCGGGUGUUGCCACCUGCCUGGCUCUCUGUGUGACUGUGCGAGCACCACUGGCCUGUGGAAGAGCGUCGAGGAAGGAGGUGGUGAGGGGUGCCAGGCGCUCUACGUCACCCAGGUUACAGCCAUAGACGGACGGUUGCUUUCCUCUGUGCUCAAACCAAUGAGUACGCAAAGUGAUGGUCCCAUCUGUCGUAUUUGCCACGAAGGAGGCAACAGCGAGGGUCUCCUGUCUCCAUGCGACUGCACGGGCACCCUGGGCACGGUCCACAAGAGCUGCUUGGAGAAGUGGCUGUCAUCUUCCAACACCAGCUACUGUGAGCUCUGCCACACGGAGUUCAGCAUCGAGCGCCGACCGAGGCCUCUCACAGAGGUAACAAAGUGGCUGCGGGACCCCGGCCCUCGUAAUGAGAAGAGGACACUGUUCUGUGACAUGGUGUGCUUCCUGUUUAUCACACCCCUAGCAGCCAUUUCAGGCUGGCUGUGCCUGAGAGGUGCUCAGGACCAUCUUCAGCUGGGGAGCUGGCUGCAGGCUGUGGGCCUCAUCGCCCUCACCAUCGCCCUCUUCACCAUCUAUGUCCUGUGGACCCUGGUAUCUUUCCGCUACCACUGUCAGCUGUACUCUGAGUGGAGAAGAACAAACCAGAAAGUACGUCUGCUCAUUCCUGAAGCCAAGGAGUCUAACUCUUCCCAGCAUUCCUUGCUCUCCACCAAACUGAUGAAGAAGUCUGCCAAUGAGAGUAUAGUAUGAGACCAAACAGAGACGGCUGAUGAUAAUGGUGUCUUUUCUGUGUGGCGGCUGAUUGUCGCCUGCCAGCUAGCCUUUAAAGAAGCACUUGUGGGCUUUUAGUUUUUGUUGCUUUCUACAAAAAAAAAAAAAGUCUUUGCCCCAUCGGUACUUAACUCACAUCACUUUUUAAAACAGAAGUCUAAAAGAGCACAUUUAAAUGGGUGUUGACCAAGCUUAUGCAAAGGCACUGAAGAGCGUGAGAGACGUGGAGAAGACAUUGCCCGAGACAUGGAACAGUCUCAACAGUCAUGGAUACGACGAUCAUGUUUAAUAACAGUGACAGUAGUAAAAGAAACGACCAAACGAACUUGUUCAGUGGAUUGUGAAAUGUUUUAAGUAUUGUUCUGCUUGGAUUCAACAACCCAUCGAUGGUCCACAUGUGACUGCAGAGCACAGGAGGUCCAGUCAUUGUCGUGCAGCAAUGAUGAAAGUGUAAACCACUAGAAACAUGUCAUAUGUGGGCGUGCCCUUAUCUACAUAGGCCUUGCAUUCUCUGCACAGUGUUGCCCAUCGAGGAGCUCUUUGACACGAUUAUUAUGUGACCCUGUGUUAAUCUGUUAAGGGAAAAAAGCUUUGAUUCAUUCACCCGAAGCUUUUAGUUUUCGCACAAGCCUAUUGGACUUCUUUCAAGGUUUUUUGUUUUGUUUUGUUUUUUUUUUAAAUCCUACAUCUGUUUUUACAUUUCAUCCAAGAAUGGAUGGCAGCAUAGCGUUCGUAAAGCCAGAGAUUGUGCAAUAAAACACUGUGGACAUGGAGGACUUCACAGUACAUGAAGAGACCUCUCCCAACAUGCACAGUUAUGCAUGCAAACACUGUUAAUAAAAAAUUAGGGGGGGAUUUUUUAAAAAUUUUUAUUUUGUAGUGUUAGCGUAUUAUAAAAUCCUUUCGUGGUUUUAAAAAAAAAGUUUCUUAAACCACUAAACAGAAUCAGUAUUCCUACUGCAGUAGGGUUUAACAGCGUCCUCAUAGAGGUUCUUAUAUUAUCAGCACUUAGCAAGUAGGUCUUGUAUAGAUCGAUAGAAAACUCCAUGAAAAUGGCUCUUAGAGGAUCCAAGAGUCUGUUGGGUGGCUGAUGCAGUGUACUAAAGCAUCCUUUUAACUGCCUGUUAAAGUACUUAAUUAUUGCUAUUUUUGUUCUGUGUAUUUUAUUUUAUUUUAUUUUAUUCAAUUAGUUUCCGUAAGUAACACCAAAUAUCAGGGAAACUUCCUGCAAGCAAUCACCAUUGUAGUCAUGAUCAAACAUCAUCGAUAAAAGCAACUUCUGUGCUGGUGUUCAGUGCUUCUGCCAGUCUAACAUGAAGUCACCAACAAUGACUUUAAUGGUGGGUGUAUUAUGCAAGCACCGCUUCUUUUUUUUUGUUGGUUUUUUUAGUUUAAGGAAGCCACUCAACGCUUGUGUGCUUUUUUCUAAGUCCAUUUGAUGGUUGUCAGUGUUUUCGGGGUGUAAACUUGCCCUCAUCAUGUUUUGAUGUUACUGACCAGACAUUUUUGGGUCUGUAUUGGUUGUCUGGGAGAGUAAAGAAAAUCCACUUCUCUCUCUCGUGUAUAUAGUUUGGUGCAGCUUAUAAUCAAGUCACGUUGAGUGGCCGUUCACAGAACUCAAACCGCAGUAGCUGCCUGGUUUCCAGAUUUAUGGGGUCAUAGCGUUGAGAUUUAAACAGUUUACUUCAUUCCACUUCAGUUAGGUUGUAGAAGGACGGUUAAUUGACGUGAACACACUGCGGUCUGACUGUGGCUGCAAGGAACGUCAUAGGCUGAAACAUGUUGGCCUAACACUGUUUUGGAGUGUUGAAGGUGUUAAAGAAAGUUUAACCUAAAAUCAACAAUACAUGUUUUUCCUCUUACCUGUAGUGCUAUUUAUCAGUCGAGAUUGUUUUGGUGUGAGUUGCUGAGUGUUGAGAUAUCAGCCAUAUAGAUGUCUGACUCUCUUCAGUAUAAUGGAACUAGAUGGCGCUCGGCUUGUGGUGCUCGAAGUGCCAAAAAUGUCUCUUUCCAGAAAUCAUGACCCAGUUUAACAUUAUCCACACACCUUGUUGUGAGCAGUUUCAUGUGGGAACUAUUUUCUUUCUGCUGAACUACAUCCGCCAACUGUAUCACUGCACAGAAGGAAGUGUGCAUCUACUCAUGCUAGCUCACCUAGCACCACUAAGCAAGCUGACGUCACAGCUUAGCAGAGGAGGAUGGCGAUAAUGUUUACAUCUCAGGUUGUCACAAACACGAGUAGAUGCGGGUGUACUUCUCAGUCAUCCAGGUCAUGGUAAUCGUCAGUGCUAAUAUCAUAGGCAACUGGACUUGCUUGCGUUUCUUGAAGAUGUUUCGCUUCUCAUCCAAGAAGCUUCUUCAGUUCUAAAUGACUGGUACAAUGUUGCAGGCUGUAAACCCUGUGUGGGUGGUCACGUGAGCUCUUAGCCACCAUGUGAGUCGUUAGGGUCAGGUGGGACCAGGGGUGAAUGGGUGUGAAGUCCCUCUCCAGAUGACUUCACAUCCAUUCACCCCUGGUCGUCUUCAAGAAACGCAAGCAAGUCCAGUUGCCUACAGUAUUAGCACUUAACGUUUUGCGGGUGUAGUUUGUUACAAAGUAAAAUAGUUCCUACAUGAAACUGCAGUCUGUUGAUUAUCUGAAGUAACUGGGUCAUGAUUUCAAGCCAUCUAGAUCGAUUAUAUUGGAGAGAAGGCAGACAUCUCUACGGCCGAUACCUCCAACACUCUGCACCUCCCCAAAACAAACUCGACUGAUAACCAGCUCUACAGGUAAGAGGGAAAAUAUGAAGUUUUGAUUUCGGUGUGAACUGUCCCUUUAAUGCUAUGGUUCAGUAUUAUUGUGCAGAUCUUACUAUUUGUAAGCGUUUCAUUUACGACUGCAGUCCUGUGGGGUGCAAUAAAAAAAUCAGCAUUGAAGCAAAGAGGCAAACUUAAAACAAGUUGACUAGUUGAUUACUAUUUUUCAAGAUCACAAUUAUUUGCUUUUGGAUUUUUCUCAAUUCAGUGGAAUGACAUUUAUAUUUUUAUUAAUGAGUGACUUUUGAUUAUUAUGCUUAUUAAUGAUGAUUAACAUGUUGAUGAUUUUGUUCUUCCUAUGUGCUUUUUGUUAACUUCUCCUACAUGUCAAAGUAAAAGACAUGGAUCCAUGUCGCAGAGACAUUCAGUAUUGACACAGAAACAAUGCAGUACAUGAGCUACGGUGUGCAGAGGCCAAAAGUCUGGAUUUUAUGCACAAGUGUUAAUGUUUUUUAUU